AUGUCUUCAAAAAAUACCUCAAAAAAUACCUCAACAGACAUCUUUCUUGUAUCACCAACGAAACUUAUAUCCGCUGUAAUAAAUUUCUUCACUUACGACUAUAGUAAACAGGCAGACGAUAAAUUUUUCGAUGAUUCACAAAGUGACUUUUUGUCAAAAUGUUCAACACCUUCGUGUGAAGAAAUAAAAAGCUGGCCGGGUGUUGUCGCGCCAUUUGAUAAUGAAGAGUUGGUGGAACAUUUUGAAAUAAAAUCCAAACAACAGCUUCAAGAGAAAAAGAAAGCAAAGAAAUUCGUUAAAGAAAAGAAACAACACAGUUAUAUUCCGUAUUUUAACAUCUGGUGGACAAUCAGUGAACUUGAAGAUGAAGACGAGGAAGAGGCUAAAUUCCUCGAAAACCCAUUUUACGUAUUUGACGAAACACCAUCAACAUCUUCAUUUUUACCAGCCAAAGCACAAACCACAUAUACACCAAAAUCAUACUUCAGAAAUGACGACGAAGAUGACGACUUACAAAAUUUACAAUACAAUGAAGAAUGCAGUUUCUUUGGUAGCAUAUUUGGCUCUGGAUAUUCAGCAGAUGAAGACACUCCAAGAGGUCAAUUCCCUGACUAA